AAGAAGAAGAGGGAAUAAUAUCUUUGGUUCUUUCACCUCUUCACACAGAUCCAAAUCAGAGAAAAUAUCUGUUUUUGUUUAUUGAUCUGUGGAGAGAGAGAGAGAGAGAGAGAUGACGAGCGCCGCCGUGGAAGACGAUAAGAACAGAUCAGUCGUGACGGAUCAUCAACACCACCACCAACAGCCUCCUCCUCCGUAUCAAGGGGUCUCUAACUAUCCUCCUCCGCCGCAGCAGCAGCCUCCUGCCGCUGGUUUUCCUCAGCCGGCUCAGCCCUACGUACAAGGUUAUGCUGUUAAUGGAGGCAUGACAACAGCUCAACACGAUCGCCUUCCUUGUUGUGGUAUAGGCGUUGGCUGGGUGCUAUUCAUCCUUGGUUUCUUCUUCGGCACGAUCCCUUGGUACAUCGGGUUCUUCCUUCUAUUGUUCUCUAGAAACAUUCGUGAGAGACCAGGAUAUAUAGCUUGCGCAAUUGGAUCUGUUGUUGCUACCAUUAUCAUCGUCAUUGGAGCCGUAAGAGGAUCAGGGGUCUGGUCCUGAAGUGAAGAUUGUCAACACUCUGAAUCCAGUGUAGACCGGUUAGGCCGUUAAGAUAUUAUUAUCACAGAAGAAGAUUGUAAAUGUGUUUUUUUCUUACUUCAAGAGCACAAUGUCUAUUGUCUCAAGAUUGUAUAUGUUACCUAAAAAAGUGUUCUUCUCAAAACAUACUCUUCUCAAAAAUACAACUAAUGUGUGAAUUAUAUAUAAAGAUAAGCAUUUGUUUA